ACUAUUAGUGGAAAUUACUGUCUUUUUCGUAUGCAUUGACUCUUUGUCGAACUGCUGGGGUAUCUAUCUGUAUCUGAAAUUCUGAGAGCCGUAUCGUUACAGUUAAAUUGCAAAAUGUACGAUUAUUUAUGUAGUAACCGUACUCUAUACUUGUACACAUAUAAAUAUACAGUUGUUGAUAAAAUAAUAGCAGAAUUAGCAAAAUAUUUAUACAAUAUGUGUAAUCUUUUGAUAAGAUUAUGAAAAAAUACUUACAAACCUACAAUACAAUAGUAUGGUUCCCACAAAUAUACAUAUGUAUAUUCUGACACUUUUAAGAUCAUAAAAAUAAGAAAGUAAAUUAUGAAAUAAUUUAAAUAGUUGUCAAUUUCGAAGAGGAAAAGUGCUAUACUUUUCUUAAUCACUAUUUUUGAACAAUUGAUAUUGUCCAAUAAUAAAGAACUCAAAUUAUAAUAUAGUGCAGUGUUAAUAUGUUAAUUUAUUUCAAUAUUUCUUCUUCUUGUUCUUCUUAUUUUCAAUAAAAGUCAUCAUACAAAUCAGGAGAAUUUCAUAUUAAAUUGUACAAAGUGAAGUGAAUUAAAAUGAUAACAAAAACACAAAAAAAUAAAAGAAAAUAAAAUAAAAAAGAAAAUAUAACCUCAAAACAUAUUGUAAACCGCAAAAAAAAUUGCACUGUGUUGCUGCAAUGUUUUUUUAUUAUAUAAAAUAAAAAUAAAAAUACAAACAUCUGUAGAAAAAAAAGUAAAAUAAGUAAAACAAAAAAUUAAUUCAAUAUAAUUUUGCUGUUAUCGGGUUUAAAUAAAAAGAAAAUAUACACUUCGUUAUAAAUAUUGUAAUCGUGUUUUACUAUAGUACAAUCUUCUCGUAUAUAUUUAUAUACAUAUAUUAUCAUAAAUCGCUAAACGAGUUGAAAAGCAAAGUCAACAAACCGAAAACCCACCAACAAACCCAAAACAAACUGAAGAAAAUAUAAAAUGCACAAAUACAAACACAACUAAAUACACUGAAACACACACAUACAAACAUUUAUGUAUGUAAGAAAUAGUAUAUGUGUAUGUAAUCCGUUACUGCGCACCUUAUUGUUAUUAUUAUUAAUAUUAUGCCUGUAAGCCCUUUUUAAACAUUAAAAAAACAAUAAAGUUUUGAAUAAAAACGCAGUUUAUCGCUUUCCAUAUCAGUUGUGACCAUAUAUUAGCAACAUUUCCACAGCAUUUGGCAACAAUGUUGAUAAAAUUUAUACAAAACAAUGGAACCUGCAAAUGCAUGCUUAAUGUCACGAAAUUAAUGAGAAAUUAAAAUUGAAUGCAACAAUAAUCACAUUUAUAUUUCUGCUGAUUAAACGCAAUCAAGAAUCAAAUUGUUUGAAAUUGUGUCAGAGAAAAAGACAAAAAAAUUGUUUGGAAAACAUUUUUUAAUUUAAAAGUGUUGACGUUCCUUUAAAUUCUAUUCACAUUGGCGUGUAAAAUAAAAGCCUCAAACUGACGCCAACACCGACAAAAAUGUCAACGGAGCGCGAGCUGGCUCCUGGUGGGCCAGCUCAGCUCCACAGCUUACCUAUGACGUUUCCCGAUAUAGGAGCUACACUGGCAGUUGGUAUUAUUGGAAAAGUUUAUGCACCACCAGCACCUGGUUCAUCUGUGAAUCCCACCGCAGUAACCAGCCCAAGUGCUUCUAGUGUUGCUGUAGGUGGUGCCGUGGGUGGCGCAUCGUCCACCCAAGCAGCUGUUGCCUCCGCGUUAGGUGCUUCAUCGACCGUAACCGCAGCAACAGCAGCAGCGGCCGCUACUCCCACCACCCAACCUGAACUGCCAGUAUUUACAUGUCCUCGUCGUCCCAAUUUGGGUCGUGAAGGUCGUCCCAUAGUACUGCGCGCUAAUCAUUUUCAAGUUAGCAUGCCCCGUGGUUAUGUACAUCACUAUGACAUUAAUAUACAACCGGAUAAAUGCCCGCGUAAAGUUAAUCGUGAAAUUAUCGAAACUAUGGUUCAUGCGUAUAGUAAAAUUUUCGGUGUUCUUAAGCCUGUAUUCGAUGGUCGUAAUAAUUUGUAUACGCGCGAUCCUUUACCAAUAGGUAAUGAUCGUUUAGAAUUGGAGGUUACUUUACCCGGUGAGGGUAAAGAUCGUAUAUUCCGUGUUACCAUUAAGUGGAUGGCUCAAGUGUCAUUGUUUAAUUUGGAAGAGGCUCUAGAAGGUCGUACCCGUCAAAUACCAUACGAUGCUAUAUUAGCUUUAGAUGUGGUAAUGCGUCAUUUACCCAGUAUGACUUAUACGCCAGUAGGUAGAAGUUUCUUUAGUUCUCCCGAUGGCUACUAUCAUCCGUUGGGUGGUGGUCGUGAGGUAUGGUUUGGUUUUCAUCAGAGUGUACGUCCUUCCCAAUGGAAAAUGAUGUUAAAUAUUGAUGUCUCUGCAACGGCCUUUUACAAGUCGCAACCUGUUAUUGAUUUCAUGUGUGAAGUCUUGGAUAUAAGAGACAUUAAUGAACAGCGCAAACCCUUGACAGAUUCUCAACGUGUCAAAUUUACUAAAGAAAUUAAAGGACUUAAAAUUGAAAUCACUCAUUGUGGUCAAAUGAGACGUAAAUAUCGUGUUUGCAAUGUCACUAGAAGGCCAGCACAAAUGCAAUCAUUCCCUCUACAACUUGAAAAUGGCCAGACAGUAGAAUGUACUGUUGCGAAAUAUUUCCUUGAUAAAUAUCGUAUGAAAUUACGUUUCCCUCAUUUACCGUGUCUACAAGUAGGACAAGAACACAAACACACUUAUUUACCCCUUGAAGUCUGUCACAUUGUGGCCGGACAAAGAUGUAUAAAGAAAUUAACUGAUAUGCAAACAUCUACCAUGAUUAAAGCCACCGCUCGCUCAGCACCCGAUCGUGAACGUGAAAUUAAUAAUUUAGUUAAAAGAGCCGAUUUCAAUAAUGAUUCUUAUGUACAAGAAUUUGGUCUUACCAUUUCGAAUUCUAUGAUGGAAGUAAGGGGACGUGUUUUACCACCACCCAAACUACAAUAUGGUGGACGAGUUUCUAGCAUGACCGGACAACAACUGUUUCCACCACAAAACAAAGUAUCUUUGGCUUCACCCAAUCAGGGUGUUUGGGAUAUGCGUGGUAAGCAAUUCUUUACAGGUGUAGAGAUUAGGGUAUGGGCUAUAGCCUGUUUUGCUCCUCAACGUACCGUCAGAGAGGAUGCUUUACGUAACUUUACUCAACAAUUGCAAAAGAUCUCAAAUGAUGCUGGUAUGCCCAUAAUAGGACAACCUUGUUUCUGCAAAUAUGCCACUGGGCCGGAUCAAGUUGAGCCCAUGUUUAAAUAUCUAAAACAAUCCUUUGCCAGUUUACAAUUGGUAGUGGUAGUGCUACCAGGCAAAACACCCGUCUACGCUGAAGUUAAACGUGUGGGUGAUACAGUUUUGGGCAUGGCUACUCAGUGUGUACAGGCUAAAAAUGUAAAUAAGACAUCGCCUCAAACACUGUCCAAUUUAUGUCUCAAAAUCAAUGUUAAAUUGGGUGGCAUCAAUUCGAUUCUUGUACCCUCUAUACGUCCAAAAGUUUUCAAUGAACCCGUCAUAUUUUUGGGUGCCGAUGUUACUCACCCACCGGCCGGUGAUAAUAAGAAACCCUCUAUUGCUGCUGUUGUAGGCUCUAUGGAUGCUCAUCCCUCACGUUAUGCCGCCACGGUACGUGUACAACAGCAUCGUCAGGAAAUCAUACAGGAACUAUCAAGUAUGGUACGUGAAUUGCUAAUUAUGUUCUAUAAAUCAACUGGCGGCUAUAAACCACAUCGUAUAAUACUCUAUCGCGAUGGUGUAUCCGAGGGACAAUUCCCUCAUGUCUUACAACAUGAAUUGACGGCCAUACGUGAAGCUUGCAUUAAAUUAGAGGCUGAAUAUCGUCCAGGUAUUACGUUUAUUGUUGUACAAAAACGUCAUCACACUAGACUAUUCUGUGCUGAAAAGAAAGAACAGAGUGGUAAAUCGGGUAAUAUACCAGCUGGUACAACUGUCGAUGUGGGCAUUACACAUCCUACCGAGUUUGAUUUCUAUUUGUGCAGUCAUCAAGGUAUUCAGGGUACAAGUCGACCUUCACACUAUCACGUUUUAUGGGAUGAUAAUCAUUUCGAUUCGGAUGAAUUACAAUGUUUAACAUAUCAAUUGUGCCAUACAUAUGUACGUUGUACUAGAUCGGUUUCUAUACCAGCACCGGCAUAUUAUGCACAUUUAGUUGCUUUCAGAGCAAGAUAUCAUUUGGUUGAAAAAGAACACGACUCUGGCGAGGGUUCACACCAAAGUGGCUGUUCAGAAGAUCGAACACCGGGAGCAAUGGCUAGAGCCAUUACAGUUCAUGCAGAUACCAAAAAGGUUAUGUACUUUGCUUAAAUUUACAUACAAACUAAAGUCUAUUUAUUUAACUGUUUAUUAAACGGUGUCUCUCUCUCUCUCGUACACAAUACUUACUACUACAUAUUAAACACACUCUUAUGAAAGAACAAAAUGCCAAAAAAUUAAAAAAAACAAAAAGUUUACAUAAAUCUACGAAAUUUUAAAACAAGACACAAAAUCUUCGAAUAACUCAAUACAAACACAAAUAUAAAAAGCAUUUUUAACAAA